CAAAAGCGCGCACUCGAAGAUGGCCGCGAACCGUCCAGCUUGCCGAUUACCGUGCAGCAUAGCCGGGAAAAAUCCAGCGAUUCCCGUUCCCCACCUCCGGAAUAUCCCAGAUCACCUGAUCUAUUGCGAAAAGCAGAAGCCAAAGGUGUUCCAGUUACAGUCGAAAGCAGUCGGCACAGUUCACGAUGGGAAUCAAGCAGCCAGCAAAGCACCAGUCCAAUGCCCUGGAAAUCAUCGUUAUCCCGAGUAACCUCACAUUCACCUUCUGUCGGGAGCGAAAGAUCACGUAAAAUCGAUGAAUAUGAUCCAAUAGCACGUGAAAAGGAACGUGAAAGUGAGCAGGCAUCAGCAGCCUUGAUUGAUAAAAAAGACGAUCGUUUGGGUUACACGGUAGCACAAUAUGGUAAUGGUGGCGGCGCAGUAGCACCCGGACAAACUGUCAGUAGCCGAACUUUCACAGGUUUCUAA